AUGAACGAGCGGGCCUUGUCGCUGGCGGAGGGUUUUGUGGCGGCGCGAUACAUUCGUGCGGGAGGGGAGGCGCUUCGCGCCAAUGAGCGUGUGGUGCGUUCCAUCCUUGCGCAGCGCCGUUGCCCCGAGCAGGGAAUGUCGGACGUUGCCAUUGAGUCGCUGCUGCACCAACUCGCACUGAUGGAUACAAAUAACUUUCCUACACACGUCGGUGCCGGGGAGCGGGAGGGCCGCGUCGUUGUGCCGCUCGUUGCGCGGAGGCAUUAUGGCUUCGCCCACGGAAUUGGCCGUUCUGGUGACAUCCUGAGCGAUCAGCCAAAGGCGGCGGGUUCGAGUUUGAUCCAUAAGCUGACGAAUUGCAUGGCGCUGGACCUGCUGCGGCUUGCAGGGGCGCCGUCCAUUGAGUCUGCGGUGGUAUUCCCCAUGGCUACAGGCAUGACACUCUCGUUGGUGCUCCGCGCCCUGGCACUGCAGUGGCGGGAUGCGAGGCGAAAGGAAAAUGCAGAGAUGCAGGUGAGUUUUUCUGAGGACGAGCCUCGGUGUGUCAUUUGGACCCGCAUUGAUCAGAAAACAGCACUGAAAUGCAUCGAGGCAGCGGGGUUCGUGCCGGAGGUUGUGGAGCUUCGGCAUGCGCCCUUGCAGCGGCACGGCAAGGGGAGCGCGCGUAAGGGCGGGAAAUUUGGCCUGCAUCCGUACUUUCUCCAGGUUCACUUGGACGACAUCUCCGCCGCGAUUGGACGUGUUGGCGGUCCCGAGCGUGUGCUUUGUGUGCUGUCGACCACCAGCUGCUUUGCUCCACGCCUUCCCGAUGACGUUCUUGCCAUCGCCCGGUUGUGCAAAGUUUUGAAUGUCCCGUACGUGGUUAACAACGCCUAUGGCGUCCAAAGCCGCGUCAUCAUGCAGCGUCUGGACACUGCGAUGCAGCUAGGACGUGUGGACGCCAUGGUACAGUCGGGGGAUAAAAAUUUUCUUGUCCCUGUGGGUGGUGCUGUGCUUAGCGGGAAAACAUAUCUCGUAGAGCGGGCCGCCGCGUUGUACGCCGGGCGUGCGAGUAUUUCGCCUGUUAUGGACCUUUUCAUCACUGCACUGAGCCUUGGCCGCUGCGGCUUUCAGCAACUCUGGGAGAGCCGCUACAAGGUGUUUGGGACGCUGCAGCAGCGGUUACGCCGGUUUGCGAAGGUCAGGGGUGAAAUACUGCUGGAUGACGAAGGUGAGGAUUACACCGCCGCGCUACCGCCCUGUCCGGCGUGCGUGAGGCCUCGGAACGACAUUAGCCUCGCUGUGAGCAUGCAUACGGUGGGGGGUGCGGCCAACGCAAAGGCAAUAGGGGCGCGUCUGUUUCGCAGCGCCGUAACUGGGCCGCGUGUAAUUGUGCCCGACCAGGUGGCAAAACCACUCUGCGGGCUGCCCUUCCGCAACUACGGUAUGCACACGGAUGAGGUGCCGCCGUGUCCGAUGCUUGUCAUGGCGUGUGGGAUUGGCAUGACGCUGGAGGAGGUGCACAAGGUCAUGCAACGGCUUGAGACGGUGUGGCCACCGCCACCCGCAGUAGCGGCAGCAGGGGCAAGAACAGAAGGAGAGUGGAUACCACCGAAGACAAUGAUGGCAACCGCAGCAGUACCAUUGUUGAAAGGGAUGGAAGCCGAGGCGCCGCUUGAUGUUGAUGUUUAUCAUGACGUGGAUGACGAAGACGAGGAAGAGGACGACGACUAUGAAGCAGAAGUGAUGGGGAAUGAUGUAAAAAGCCCAUGCCGGUGA